AUGCAAGUUCGUGUUUUGCACCCAGGCGAACAAAGUCACCCUGGAGUUCGCCCACCUGGCCGACUAUCUCGCGCAGGGCGGAAGGCUGGUGCUCGGCCCAUUCCUCCUCGGUCAUAUCUACCGCACACUUCACGAUACUUCCAGUUCUGGCUGCAAGCUUACUUCCCAGAGUUGAGGGGAGCGGCCAAUAUUGCAAAUACCGAGCCGUUGGCUAACGCAUUCGCCCGGGCCCCUAGGAAGCAUAAAUUUUUCUAUGGCUUGGUCGAGAGGACCGGGUCGCAGUUCCGGGUGUGCCUUGCUCGGCAGUACCCUUUGUUCCUGGCGCACGACCUCUCCGUGAUUCCAGAUGGUGAGACGGAGAACGAUCUGAAGGAGAUCUCGGGCUCCUUCCUGGUCGCGCGCGACCUUCACUGCGGCCUGUCCAAGGCUGGGGCCGAGGUUUAUUUGCCGAACUUUAUGGCGCGGCAAUUUGGCUUGAUCUGGACGGCACCUCUCGUCUUGGAGGGCCGACGUCGCCCAGCAGCAUGGCGUGGCUGGCAUUUCCUUCCAACUCCAAAAAAGGAUGACCUUCCUUACUCUGACGCCUUGGUUGCGUCGUAA